CCAACUGGCAAGGAGAGAGUGUCCCUCUCCAUAAAUGCAGGUGCAGCUCCUUCCCUUUCCAGAGUCCCUGGACAACAUCAAAGGAUGGCAGGCUCGAGGCUGGUGUUGUCGCUGCUGGUUGCAGCUCUCCUGCUGCAUGUGGCCACCACGCUGAAGGUCGGCGCCUUCAACAUCAAAGCGUUUGGGGACACCAAGAUGUCCAACCAGACCAUCGCAAAUAUCAUCGUGUCUAUCCUGUCAGAGUACGACAUCAUUCUGGUGCAGGAGGUCCGGGAUGCCGACCUGAGUGCUGUGAAUGACCUCAUGGACCAGCUCAACAGUUUUGGGAGGCACCCAUACAACUUUUUGGUCAGCAUCCCUCUGGGUCGGACCAGCUACAAGGAGCAGUACCUCUUCAUCUACAGGUCAGACAUGGUCUCCGUGCUGGAUAGCUACUAUUAUGAUGAUGGCUGCGAGUCCUGUGGGACCGAUACCUUCAGCAGGGAGCCCUUCAUUGUGAAGUUCUCCUCACCCACCACACAGGUACAGGAGUUUGUGUUGGUGCCUCUGCAUUCCGAGCCCAGCCAUGCAGCACAGGAGAUCGAUGCACUCUACGAUGUCUACACCGAUGUCAUCGACAAGUGGGGGACUAACGAUAUAAUCUUCCUGGGUGAUUUCAACGCUGACUGCUCCUACGUGACCAGCUCCCAGUGGCCGUCCAUCCGCCUGCGUUCCCUCCGUGCCUGCGAGUGGCUCAUCCCCGACAGCGCCGACACCACCGUGGCCGACACCACCGACUGUGCCUACGACCGCAUUGUCGCCUGCGGUACUGCCCUGCGCCAAGACAUUGAACCCGGCUCUGCCACCGUCAACAACUUUGACAAGAAAUUCCACCUCCAGAUCAAGGAUGCUUUGGCUGUCAGCGACCAUUUCCCAGUGGAGGUGACCCUGAAAGCCCGCUGAGCCUGUCCCCACACCAGCGGCUACCAGGACAGCUCAGCACACACCUGCAUCCCUCAUGGGAGCCCACGCACCACUGGUGCCAGCCAGGCUGCCCACUGUCUCUGCAAGGAGUCCUUGAGCUCUUGUGGAAGUGUAAUGCUUUCUGCUUCCAUUAAAAAUGAGCCUUUUCCUGCCUCUGCA